GAUCAAAUAUCACACAACCUGCUGAUUCAUGUCAGACAUGUAAAUGCUCUGAAGAAAUGGACACAAGAUCACAGUUCUACAUAAUAAAGUGCCAACCAGUUGUGUGUGACACGACUUGCAGUAAAGGUUAUGAAUACAAAAUGAAAACAGGCCAGUGCUGUGGAGAGUGUGUGCCUAUCAAGUUAAAAUGUACCAUGAUGGGAAAUUUUGAUGCAAGUACAAAUACAGGUAACACAGGAGGCACAGGAAACACAGGAGGAUCAGGAAGCACAGGGGAUGCAGGAAACACAGGAGGCUCGGGAGUCACAGGAGGCACAAGUAAUGCAGGAAACUUGGGAGGCUCAGGAGUCACAGGAAACUUGGGAGGCUCAGGAGUCACAGGAAACGCAGGAGGCUCAGGAGUCACAGGAAACGCAGGAGGCUCAGGAGUCACAGGAAACGCAGGGGGCUCAGGAAUCACAGGAGGCUCAGGUUAUGCAGGAAACACUGGAGGCAUAGGAGACACUGGAGGCAUAAGAGACACUGGAAGCACAGGAGGCCCUGGAGAAACAGGAGGCUCUGGAGUCACAGGAAACUCAGGAGGCUCAGGAGUCACGGGAAAUUCUGGAGGCUCUGGAGUCACAGGAGGCUCAGGGAAUUCAGGAAACACUGGAGGCAUAGGAGACAACACAGGAGGCUCAGGAGGCUCGGGAGUCACAGGAAACUCAGGAGACUCAGGAGUCACAGGAAAUUCUGGAGGCUCUGGAGUCACAGGAGGCUCAGGGAAUUCAGGAAACACUGGAGGCAUAGGAGACAACACAGGAGGCUCAGGAGAAACAGGAGGCUCAGGAGUCACAGGAAACUCAGGAGACUCAGGAGUCACAGGAAAUUCAGGAGGCUCAGGAGACACAGGAAACACUGGUGGCAUAGGAGCAACUGGAAGCACAGGAGGCUCAGGAGGAUCAGGAGUCACAGGAAACUCAGGAGCCUCAGGAGUCACAGGAGGCACAGGAGGCUCAGGAGACACAGGAAACAUUGGAGGCACAGGGAACACUGGAGACACUGGAGGCACAGGAAGCUCAGGAGGCUCAGGAGAUACAGCAAACACAGGAAACACUGGAGGCACAGGAAGCACUACAGGCACAGGAGGCUCUGGAGGCACAGGAUACACAGGAAACACAGUAAUAGAUCUAGAGAUUGGAGAAAUAUUUCGCAUACCAAAUAACACUUGUGCCUAUUAUGAGUGCCGAGAAGAAAAUGGUGUUGCUGUCCUCACCAGGGUAGAGAAGGUUUGUCAACCACUGGAUGUCUCCAUAUGUGACAUGAGUACUCUUACAUAUGAUGAUGAAAAUUGCUGUAGGAUAUGCACACCUAAAACAGAGCUCAUAGUAACACCACCCCCAGAGGUCAUCGAAGACUGCAGUGUACGUAAGAAUGUCACAGUCCUGGAACAAGAUGACUGCAUACUGGAGGUAGAACUGUCUUACUGUGGAGGACCCUGCAUGGGAUCUUCAAUGUAUUCAAUGGUAUCCAAUGGUUUUGACCAGAAAUGCACAUGCUGUAAAGAGAUGGAGUUUGUAACAAAGAACGUGGACCUGCUAUGUGAGAAUGGGAGAAGCCAGAACUACAGCUACGUUGAUGUAUUGAGUUGUGGCUGUGCUGGAGCUGUUUGUACUCCUCAAGUAUAAAUCUUACUAUAUUAAUAACUAGUCCAUGGAAAUUGCAGCAAACAAAAAGUAUAUGCACUGCAGGUUCAGAUUCUUCUCAAAGACAAAGAGAAAAAAAAAUAGAGCACACAUACACGUAUACCUCUUGUUUUUUGUGAUUUUAGAAUAUUUGUAGUUUCUGAUCAAUCUGGGUAUGUUUAAUGAAGUAUAGAAUGUGUUGUUUAAUCUCAUGACUCUUAUAAGCUCAAAUAUAACAUAGUGCUUUACUAUUAAUUUUCAUGCUAUGUUUUUCUACUUUAGUACAAAUAAAUUUAAUCUGCAA